CAGAAGUUUAGACAGUUAGGUUUUCUUUUCAAUUUUCAUCUCAUGAAAUAAUUACAUCAUUUUCAUCCAAAAAUGACUUUUAGUAACAAUCAGCCGCUUCAAAAACAUGCCUAUCAUGUUUUCUAAAUACGUGAGGAAAGAAUGAAGACAAAGAAAUGCACCGUCGAACCUCCGCCACCACCACCGCCACCAGACCCUUGCAAGGAACAGAAGAUCCGGCAAAAGAUCAAAGCUGGUAUAAAGAUAUGCCCGCCUGUUCAGCCUGCGAACGCUGAACCGCCCUCCCCACCGCCAUCUUGCCACGCUCUGUGCAUCGAGAAGAUAAAGAACCUUCCAGUUAAGGUGACAAAGCAGCCUAUAGUGUGCACCGUUAAAAGAGAAGAAACUGGGCACGCUAGGUGUGACAAAAUACGGGACCUCAAAGCAGCGCACCCCGACCUCCCCUGGCCGGGCUGCGAACCUCCACCCCCUCCCCCACCUCUCCCCGAACCCAACCUUUGCGAGCUGCAGAAGAAGAGAGCCAAAUUAGAAGAGUGUAAGGAAAGAAUGAAAAGGUAUAAAUUAUGAACAUGGAUAGAAUCAAGAAAAGUUUUAGUGCGAACCUCGAUGCGUUAAUAGAAAAGAUCCGAACGGAAAGUAAUAGGCAAUCCGAAGAUGAAUUCAUAAAUACCAGAAGAUUAACCAUAGAGUC